AUCGUCGUCUUCGUCAUCAUCGAUGAUUGAAUCGUGAAUUCGCUCGGUCACGACACCGAGGCUCAGCAAACUCGAUCGACAUUGUAGAUGUUACCGUGAUGUCGAUCAGCGUGAAGAUGAGGUGAGCAAGUUUUUGACUUUGAACGGUCGUAUUGUGUCGAGCAGAGGACGAGUGAUGGUAGAGCGGGUGCGAGAAGUCUAUAAUUGAUGUCGCCAGUAGUUCUCGUUUCGCGGGCGUGGGCGACGAUGAAUGAGCGGUCUCGAAGCUGCUGCAGGAGCGCUGUAUUGUUUGAAUGGGACAGAUGGAGCAAGGAUAUUAUUCACGUUUUCUCUUUGUGUGAUGAAGGUAAAGCCCUACUACUAGGACCAGUUGUACGUUGUAGUGUCGCUAGUACUACUACCGCUUGAGGUUGAUCCGUACUGCCAGUAUCGGUUUCAAUUGUUGAUCACCAGCAUGUCCGUCUCGUUCCAAGUUGCCGUGGCCAAGAGCUACGAGAUCGCCGAUGUCGACCGGGAAGCCAUGGUAGAGUCGAAGACCAGCCGCAACAAGAUGAGCUUCAUGCAGCGUAUAAACAAUUUACUAUUAAUUUAGAUAUACAAUUUGAUUUUGAAUUUAUUCUUAUUGAUUAUGCAGAUGAAGACGCUGGUCCUGGUGUCUGGUGAGUCGUGGUGAGGACAUCUACUUGGUUGCGCCUACCAGUACCCAGCUCCGACUACAAACUACAUCUUCACAAGUACCCAUACAUUAUAGGGCAUUUAUUUGGUUUUUAGUAGGGGUGAUACAUUGAGUUCGAGGGUGACGUUCGUUGAUUCAAUAAAAUGAUUGCGCAGGUAUGGAGGCGGACUCUUACAACAAGCGUGUGAAUACGCAACUGUCCGACAUGCGUCGCAACGACUAUCUCAAGAGCCGUGUGGACAAGAUCGCUUUGGAAAAGUACUUGAGCUGUUAGCCUUGUGCAUCCUGAUCUAAUGCAAUUCCAUCAAUUUAUUUAUCCAGAACAGGAACGAGAUUGGUAUAUAAAUAUUCAUGUUGAAUUUGUAUUGUAUCCUCAUUCCAGGACGGCGACACGCAAUGCGGUUUCGAUGAGCACCCGUGGGCCGACCAUCGUGACGCACAAGAAGAACAAGCUGCACGAGGGUAAGGAAAAGCAAUCCUGGGGUCCAUUGGAUAUGUACUAACCGCAAGCGCAAGAUGAAAGUUUUUGUAUCAAUAAAGUGACAGCACCAGCAGGUGGUGGUGAUCGUGUUCUUGAUCUACCACCAUGUUCGGACUUUUGUAGAAGAGCAGUGCCAAAGACAAAGUAAAUCAAUGAAAUGUUGACAGGGACAUUUUCCAGAAGCAAACGUCGAGUUAUGUCGAAAUGAAUGAAAAUCUACGGAUAUUAACGAUAAUCAAGCAAAGCUUGCAAAGCGACUUCGCCCCGUGCUUACGUUGUCUUUGUGAUGAGUUUUUAUUACUUUUGUUUAUCACUCACCUGAGCUGAAAUUCAUUUGGAACUCGUACCGCUUUCGGAAAACCACGAAAGGACUGGUGCGCAAAACACCAAAUUUUUGAACUAGAACCUACGACAAGUAUAGUACCCGUUGAUACAAGAACCGAACCUCUAAACAAGUCAGAAAAUCAACUCGGGAUUAUUUGACUUGGCAUCAUUAACGCCGAGCGCAACACUUGGGCUUCUCUUUUAUUGUAAUAACCAAAAUAUACCAAUACCCCCACCACAACAUGUGAGUGAGAUUGUGAAUCUCUCUUCUGAGCUUCGCAAUCACACUUGUCUUCACGAUUGUUGAACGUCGCAGGGUUCUUUGCCGCGAGCAGACGCUCCAAUUCAUCAUCUGUAUCGCAAGUACAAGUCGUUGCACAAAUAAAGCCAAACAAAAUUUCGGUGAAGAGUACUCAAUAGAAUCCCACCAAACGUUUUUUCGGUGCAAGAUGAUCCAUCA